GAUUACGGCUAAUCCCUCCUUAAAUAAGGUGGACGCCUGAGAAAGAGGACAAUACCCCCGGACAGAGAGAAAGUGUCUGCUGAGCUUCGUAUUUCAUGUCCGCUUGAGUACAGGAUGAAUUUCGCGGCGCAGUUUUUUGCUAACUUUGUGAACGACGGCUCCCAGGCGCAGGAGACACGGAGAAGCUUUAAUGACAGCGAGGAAUAUGAUCCCUUCUGGCAAAGUGCGGAGCAGCGCAGAAGUUUCUCCAAACCCGACUGCUCCUUCCACAGCGGGCCGUGCGCUAAAGACGGCUACAUCGGGAACGGCCGCGUGGGUCGCCGCUCCACACUCAUCUGCCCAGAACGCCUGAAGGACUUUGGAGCCGAGGAGUACCUCAAUGGAGAUGUGAAGGUCUUCGAGACCAGCGUUUCAGAACCGCCGGAAGUCCAGUUGAUGUCCACACCCAAACCGGCCAUGAAGAAAGGCAGCGAGAGCAAGUCAGCAGCCAAAGCUCCACCAGAACAUCUGCCCCUAAGGACACCCUCAGCGAAAACUUUACUAUUUCAGCAGACCGGCAUUCAGAAAACACCCAUUUGUCCCCACAAUUACUCCAGACUGUCCAAACAGUACGGCAUGGAGAUCUACCUGAAGAAAGAGCUUCUGCAUUACACGGGUUCAGUGAAGGAGAGAGGAGUGCUGUACCUGCUGUCCUCGCUCAAACAGGAUCAGCAGAGGAAGGGUGUGAUCGUGGCCACAGACUGUAACUUCUCCAUGGCGGUGGCGUAUCACGCGGUGGAGAUGCGGAUCCCGGUGUUCGUCAUCAUGCCGGCGUACAGCUCUCCUCCUCGCCUGCGCAUGUACAGAGACUACGGCGCCAUGGUCAUCUCGUACGGCAGCACGGCCCGAGACUCCGUCAACCACGCCAGACACCUGGCCCGAGAGAACGGAUACCUGUGUCUGGAGGAGGACGACAGCGCCGUGUAUCUGGCAGGUCUGGGAACAGUGGGUCUGGAGAUUUACGAGCAGGUGCCCAAGCUGGACGCGGUCAUCGUGCCUGCGGGCGGACACUGUGGCCUCCUGGCGGGAACCGCAGCUGCCAUCAAACACCUGAACCCUCGCAUCUCUGUCAUAGGUGUCGAACCGGAGGAGUUUCCUCUGCUACUGCAGUCGCUCAAAACAGACUCUCCCAUUAAAGAUCUCUACUGCAACCCCAACAAGAAACUCUACAGAGAUUUGGUGGAUCACUCUCUGGGCACACACACCUUUCAGCUGGCCAAGAAAAUGGUGGACAAAGUCAUUUCUGUCAGGGAGGCGGACGCUCUGGUGGCCAUGCUGCGCUUUCAGGAAUACGAGCGCUCGACCGUGGACACAGAAGGAGCCAUGGGCUUGGCUGCCAUCUUAGCGGGACAACUGCCAGAACUUAAAGGAAAAAGGGUGGCGGUGGUGGUGAGCAGUGCAAACAUGGAACUGGAUCUGGUUCUGCAGUGUGUGGAACGAGCUCUGGUUCUGGACGACAGAGUCAGUCGCUUCACGGUGCAGCUGGCCGAAUGGCCCGGAGACAUGGCCAAACUACUGGACUUGCUGGCAAGAGAGGACGUCAGGUUGCUGGAUGUUUGUCACAGACGUUACAGUGAUAAAGCCGAGCUCUUCAAAGCACAGGUGGAGUGUGUCGUUGAAAUGAGGGAUAAAAGUCAGAACUCACAGCUACGGCGGACGCUGUCGGACCGAUACCCGUCACUGCGCUGGCUGGAGCGGUGAUCAGCACACAAACACACACACACACACACUGCAAAAAAUGAUUGUAUAAAACAAACUUUUUUCAUGUUUUUGAGUAAAAUAUCAAAACAUCCUCAGAUACAUGUAAUUGAGAAUCAAAAUAUACUAUAUAUAUAUAGAUAUAAACUCGUGGUUUUUUGAAAAUGUAUCAAAAUUAAGUGAAAACAUCUGCCGGUGUGGUCAGAGCGAUACACUUGUUUUCCUUUGAAUUGAGUUUAUUUUUCAUUCCACACUGCCACAUUUGUUCCUCUACAAAAAAACUCACUUGUGUUAAUCUUUUCAGAAAACAAGACUUAGUAUCUAAAAUCAUUUUGUUUGUUGAUUUCAAAAUGUUCAGAUAUUUCUACUAGAAAACAAGACAAAAACAUGAACAUAUUUUUUUUCUGACACUGUUGUUUGACUAAACACAGAUAGAGCGUUUAGAAGAAAAGACAAUGUCAUAAAUACUCUUAGUGUCACUGAUGUCACAUGAAACAGAUUUAUAUUUUAAAAAAUGAAUGUACAGAUCACUAAAAAGCUAAACAUAUGAACUGUAAUUCAAUUCAAACUAAUUCAGAUGCAACACUGAAUGUUUCAGUCGUUCCAGAAUUAAAUGAUUCAUAAUUAUUGGAUGAUUAUCAUUAUUAUUAUUUGAGGAGGUUUGUGCUGUAUAUAACUUUAUUUAUUAAACUCAUGAAUGUGUGCUGAUAAAUCUAGCUGUAUUGACGUCUGUUGUGUUUGGCUCGUGAAUAUAAA